AUGUUCUUCCGGUUGGCGACGCUCGUUCUUGUCUCAGCAUAUGUGCUGAGACUAUCUUCGAUCUUCUCCACUGACGUCCAGUGCCGCUGUCGCCCUCAAGAUCGAUGUUGGCCGUCGUGGGAGAGCUGGCAAGAUUUGAAUCAGACGAUUCAAGGUAACCUCAUUGCCUUGCGUCCAGCCGGCCAUGUUUGUUUCGGCGACAGUCACUCUGCUGAGGCCUGCGAAGAAUAUAUCAAAAAUUCCCACAAUGGCACUUGGAGAGUAUUGAAUCCAGCAUCCCUGCAACUUAUGAACUGGGAGUACUCGCGCGAAGGCAAAGAGAGUUGCCAUGUAGGUAAAGAGGGCCACCCUGCUCAGUGUGCCCAAGGUCGAGUCGCCCUCUACUCGGCCUCUGUUCAAACUGUUCCACAAGUACAGGAAGUGGUGAGAUUCGCCGCCGCCCAUCGGCUGCGCCUUACCGUCCGCAAUACCGGCCAUGACCUUGCGGGUCGUUCAACCUCUCCGGGGUCCCUACAGAUCCAUACAGCGGGACUGAAAGGAAUUCAAGCCAUCGACUCGUUUCGACCCGCAGUUCCAUGGGGUCAAGAGGUAGAUUCUUAUGGUCCCGCUGUCACGGUCGGAGCAGGGGUCCUCACGGGCGAACUGUAUGCGGACGCCUCUAAGGAGGGUUAUACCGUGGUGGGAGGGAGUUGCAGUACAGUAGGUAUUUCGGGUGGCUGGAUGCAAGGUGGAGGGUACGGAAUUCUCAGUCCGUCCAAAGGGCUGGGGGUUGACAAUGUGCUGGAAUUCAGCAUGAUCACCGCCGAGGGGGCCUACAUUGUCGCAAAUGAACACCACAACCAAGAUCUCUUCUGGGCCGUUCGAGGUGGAGGAGGAGGAACAUUCGGCAUCGUAACCAGCGUCACCUUCCGCAGGUUCCCCGAUAUGCCUGCCACCGUGACGAAACUGACUGCGGUCGAUCCGCGCGGGCCUGGGACGGCUUUCUGGAAGGCAGUCGAAGCGCAUCUUCGCACACUGCCAGCGCUGAUCCACCAAGGAAUUUCCGUCCAAACAUACGUGAUGCCUAUCUUUCCUCCUGGGGGAGCAUUGUUGAGCGUGGAAAUCUACGCCGUCAAUCAGACCGAUCCGCAGAGAAACCCCGCCAUCCAGGAAUUCCAGGACCAGUUAGAGGACCUAGGGCUGCAGGUACAAUCAUCGGACGAACACUUCGAUCGAAUCUCCACAUACCUCGCCAUCCCCAAAGGGUUGGACCAGGCUGGUGUCGUGCUCACAGCCUCCCGUUUCGUGUCACAACCCUUCAUGGCCUCGGCUUCUGGCCCUGCCAACAUGAUUCGCACACUAUCGCAGCUGCAAUACGGACCCGGAGAUGUGCUCAGCUUCGACGGAAUGGCAGGGGGCCAAGUUACCGCGAAUCCAACCCAAAUCAACAGUAGUGCAGUCCACCCCGAUUGGCGCUCGACCCUGUUUUCCCUGAAUCUGGGGCGCACCCUGCCUGAGCAGCCCGACUGGAAGGUGUACCAAAAGGUUGAAAACGAGUUGAAACAUACUCAGCUUCCACUACUUGAAUCGAUUGAGGGCGGCCAACGGGGCGGAUACCUGGGGGUUCCAUUCCCUUAUGAACAGCACCCUUCCCGGACUUUCUGGGGAUCCAACUAUGAGGGCUUACUAGAGGUGAAACGCCGGUGGGACCCCCAGGACCUUUUCCUCACCCGAAUCGGAGUGGGCAGUGAGCGGUGGGAUGACGAGGGGUUGUGCCGUAUUGAUACUCCACAUGCGGCCGUGAAAUCUGCCAUGGAGCACGCAGCGUCAUGGAUAUACACUAUUAUCAAUGGAGAUCCAUCCGCAUGAGAUAACCUGGUGGUCAGGGGCUACGAAUCACCGCUUGUUCUUGUCUCUAUUGAGGUGUAUAUAGAGUGUAAACUAUAGCAUGCUCACCAGAGAAAUGAUUUAUUCAAAGGCAUAUAAAUCCUCACGCUCAUGCUCCUGUUAAGAAAUAUUU